AAGCCUCCGAUCCACAAACUCAUACCCUGUUUGCAUGCGUUUAAUCCACACAUUUAAGAAAAGGAAGCAGUGUAAUCCUAUAAAUGUAGUUUUUCCAUUACUCUAUAGAAAGAUUUAAUAGCUUUUAUAAAGUUCUCCUCGGGUUGACUUCAGCACUGAGGAUGCGCAACAGAAUGACGGGAUUUUAUACACGGAAAAGAAGCACUUUGGAUGGUUUUGUGUGUUUGUGUUUAAUAUCUUUGGCGUAUUCCUUCAACCUUGAUUUACACCAUCCCGUGCUGUUUCGAGGACCAGAGGCGACGUUUUUUGGAUAUUCGGUCCUGGAGCACGUCCAUGACAACACACGCUGGAUUGUGGUUGGGGCGCCCAGAGCAAACUCAUCAUUCAGCAGUUCGGUUCAAUCACCUGGAGCUGUGUACAAGUGCCGAAUCCGCAACAACCCAGAGCAACGCUGCACUGAGAUGGACCUCGGCAGAGGAAAUAAGCAAAGGGAGUCCUGCGGGAAGACGUGUCAAGGCGACAGGAAUGAUGAGUGGAUGGGGGUCAGUCUGGCUCGACAGGACAAACCUAACGGCAAAAUUCUGGCCUGUGCUCACCGCUGGAAGAAUGUGUACUACGAAUCGGAGCAUAUCCUCCCUCACGGAUACUGCUCUGUCAUUCCAGCUACUCUGCAGGGCAAGUCCCAGCCUCUCAUACCAUGUUAUGAAGACCAUAAGAAGACCUAUGGGGAAGAACACGGCUCGUGCCAAGCCGGGAUUGCAGGCGUUUUCACUGAGGAGCUGGUUAUCGUGGGUGCGCCUGGUUCUUAUUACUGGACCGGAACAGUCAAAGUGUUUAACAUGACAUCUAAUACUCACUACAAUCUAAAUCAAGACAACCUGAGUCCUCACAGAUACAGUUACCUCGGGUAUGCUGUGACAGCUGGUCACUUCUCCUCGCCGAAUACCACAGACGUGGCGGCUGGUGCUCCUCAAGACAGUGGUGGUGGAAAAGUUUACAUCUUCAGAAUCGAAGGAACGUCUCUUGUGAAGACCUUUCAAGCCUCAGGGAAAAUGAUGGGCUCUUACUUUGGCUCCUCAUUGUGUGCAGUUGACCUAAACGCGGAUGGACUGUCGGACUUGCUGGUGGGAGCACCAAUGCACAGCGAGAUCCGGGAUGAAGGCCAGGUUUCUGUUUACCUCAGCAGUGGCAAUGGAGUGAUGGAGGAAGUUGCUAUACUGAAUGGUGAUAAUGCAUACAAUGCUCAUUUUGGAGAGUGUAUCACAUCUCUUGGGGACAUUGAUGACGAUGGCUACCAAGAUGUAGCGAUUGGAGCCCCCAAGGAGGAUGACUAUGGAGGUGCUGUCUACAUCUACCAUGGUGAUGCUACAGGAAUAGUUAACAAGUACUCAAUGAGAUUGUCCGGGCGAAGCAUCAACCCCACCCUUCAAAUGUUCGGCCAGUCGAUUUCCGGCAAUGUAGACAUGGAUGGAAACGGAUAUCCAGAUGUGACAAUAGGGGCGUUCAUGGCUGACAGUGUGGUUUUGUUAAGAUCCAGGCCGGUGAUCUCUGUGGACGUCUCCAUCUUCUUGCCCGUGUCGAUUAACAUCACAGUGCCACAGUGUCACGAAGGCCCUCAGCAUCUCAACUGCUUCAACGUCACCAUCUGCAUGAGCUUUCGAGGAAAACACGUUCCCGGCCACAUAGAGUUGCUGUACAAUCUGACCGCAGAUUCAGAUAAGAGACACAGAGGUAUGCCGCCGCGGGUGUAUUUUGGAAACGGUGGCGAGCAGACAGUUGCUGUAAGUCAGCGUUUCAGCCUGGAGAUCAACCGACAGCAGUGCCAUCACUACACGUCCUUCGUGAGGAAAGAAGUGAAGGAUGUGUUUGCCGCCAUAGUGUUCGAAGCAGCCUACAGUUUAGGAAAACACAUUGUGGAUGAACACCAGGACCGUGACCUUCCCUCGCUCACUCCUAUUCUACGCUGGAAAAAAGGAGAGAAGAUCGCUGCAAAGAAUGAGACGUGGUUUGAGAAGAACUGUCUGUCAGAGGACUGCGCCGCUGACCUGAGGCUUCAUGGGAAACUGCUGCUUUCUGGGCGUUACAUCAGUUCUCAUCUGGCUCUUGGUGGAGUGAGAAACGUGUCUUUAAAUGUAACCAUCUCUAAUGCUGGAGACGAUGCCUACGACACCAACAUCUACUUCAACUUCUCUAGAGAGGUUCACUACAUCAACUUCUUACAAAGAGAUGAGAAGGGCAUUUCCUGUAUGCUGGUAGAGCUGGACUUCCUCAAGUGCAGCAUUGGAUUUCCUUUUAUGAGAGCGCAAACCAAGUACCAUCUAUCUGUGCUUUUCGACACAAGUCAUCUGUCUGGUGAAAAUGAGACGCUGCUAUUUUUAGUUCAUGCUAGAAGUGCUAAUCCAGAACAUGAUAGCACACUUCAUGAUAACACAUUGGAGUUGUCCAUACCGCUGGUACAUGAGGUGGACACAGCAAUCACGGGUGUGGUCUCGCCUACGUCGUUUGUGUAUGGAAACUCAGUGGAGCGAUCCCGCUUCGUUCAGCUGGACGACAUGGAGUGCAGCUUUCAGCCGCUCAACUUCACCUUUCAGGUGAUAAACAAUGGGCCCAGCAGACUUCCAGGCUCCAUGGUGGACAUCAGGAUACCCAACCGCAUGGCUGGUAACGGAGCAGAUAUGUUCCAUAUCAUUGACACACAAGUAUCAGAAGGUCGAGGGAACUGCACGUGGCAAAGAAACCCCAAACCCUGCACAGUCCCUCAGGACAAGGAGAGCGUCUUCCACACCAUUUUUGCUUUCUUCACCAAAUCUGGCAGAAAAGUUCUGGACUGUGACCGGCCUGGCAGAGCGUGUCUAACUAUUUCCUGCAGUCUGAGCUCUCAGGCUAAAGAAGAAGCCACGAGUAUUGAUGUGCAAAUGCUACUGAACACUGAAAUACUACAGAGGGACAGCUCCUCUGUGAUCCAGUUUGUGACACGAGGUCACGUCCUGCUGGACGACAGGGCCGUGGAGGUCUCAACCGGCCUUCCAGAGGACACUUCUCUGGUGUUUGAGGCUCUUCACAGUCAGGAGCCCAGGGGUUAUGUGGUGGGAUGGAUCAUCGCCAUCAGCCUCCUCGUGGGAAUCCUCCUCUUCCUGCUGCUGGCGGUGCUGCUCUGGAAGAUGGGAUUCUUCAGGAGGCAUUACAGAGAGAUCAUAGAGGCCGAAAAGAACAGGAAGGACAGCGAUGAAAGCUGGGAUUGGGUCCAGAAGAGCCAGUGAGAGCUUGGACUCGGUUCAGAAAAUCCAAUAAGCUGCUACCUUCACCACAGCUCUUUCCUAAAACCCAGACCCUCCAGCCUUCCAUAUGUGGAAGAACAGAAUAUUCUCCAGAUUUUUCGGAGGUUUUACACUUUUUUUGUAGUUGAUGGUGAUCUAGCUGAUGUUCGACCGUGUGGCCUGCCAGAAGAGAAUCCCAUUGAUCCCAAUGGGACAGGCCUCCUGCCAGUGGGUCUAAAGAGACGGAAAGAGAGACUUCCUGGAACGAAUGUGGAUAUCGUGUCAAUACUAGCAGACAAUUACAACCCUCAGGGCGCUGUUGAAAAGCGAAAAUCUAUUUUUUAUAAAAUGUAUUCCAUACUGUAUAGAAGAGAGCUUCAAGAGUUGUUUUUAAAGCACUGAUGACUGACACACGCCAAAGAGUUGAUGUUAUUCCUUCACAUCAGUUUUCAGAUGAACCUUGAAGAUGGAUUGUACCUCUGGAUUAUCCCCUCAAGAUUUUAACUUACAAAGAAUCAAAGCAAAAGUUUGUGUCUUUCAUUCGGACAACUCAUGAAUUAUUAGAUGUUGCAUGAAUAAAUGAGAAUGACAAGAGAUGCAAACCAAACAAAGCUUGCUCAAGUUGUUAAAGGAAUAGUGAAAAUUAGCUGAAAAUGUACUCACCCUCAGGCCAUCCAAGAUGUAGAUGAGUUUGUUUCUUCAUCAGAUUUGGAGAAAUGUAGCAUUGCAUCACUUGCACACCAAUGGAUGCACUGUAGUGAAUGGGUGCCGUCAGAAUGAGAUUCCAAACAGCUGAUAAAAACAUCAUAAUCCACACCACUCCAUUAAAAAUUAAAAUGCCUUGAUGCAAUUUGGCAUGGUUUGGAUUAUUGUGAUUUUUUGUUUGGACUCUUAUUCUGACGGCACCCAUUCACUGCAGAGCAAAGUGAUGCAAUGCUACUUUUCUCCAAAACUGUUCUGAUUAAGAAACAAACACAGCAACCUCUUGGAUGGCCUGAGGAUGAGUAUUUCUAGCCAAUUUUCAUUCGAUUUCAGUUCAGCUGUACUUAAAACAGAAAGAGAAAACCUUAUAAGUUCUCAGCUCAAACCUGUUUAGUUAAAUAUAAGUGAAAUUCACAA